AUUUUCCGACGAGCCGACAAGAACGAUGAUGGGAAGCUGUCAUUUGAGGAGUUCAAGAACUAUUUCGCUGAUGGGAUCCUGAGCUCGGAGGAGCUGUGGGAGUUAUUCAGUGGCAUUGACAGGCGUCAUUCAGAUAACGUGGACACAGAGAAAUUGUGCGAUUAUUUCUCAGCGUAUCUUGGAGAAUACAGGAACGUGCUUUCUGCCCUGGAAGCCCUCAACUCUGCAGUCCUGGCAGCCAUGGACAAAACCAAGCUGAGGUACGAGACCUCCUCAAAGAUGGAGCAGUUCCUGACCCGUUUUCUGCUGCGGGAAACCAUGCACCAGCUGCAGUCCCUGCAGGCCUCGCUCGAGUGUGCUGUGGACACUGUGGAAGAGCAGGCGGGACGGGAGAGAAAGGACGUAAAGAAAUCUGAGACUUUGGUUGGCCUGAGGUCAGGGAGACGAUGUGGGCGCAGAGGACAGAAGAACGUCUGUCUUUCCCCAACAGACCCCUAUUCCGGGAUGCUAACGACAGGCGUUUGUGUUGAAGACAACAGCCAGUGGAUGGGGGCGCAGAUCAAUAGGCUCCAGCAGCUCAUCGAGAAACUAGAGUGCAAGAGCCCAUGCCUGGAGCCGCUGAAGGAGGAAGCGAUGUGCAAAGGAAGAGACGCCCACAUCCUGGUGGCGAAGAGGCAGAUCUCGGUGGCAACAAGCAGCAUUGAGGAGUUUCGCCAGGCGUUCAGGUCCUACACGGAGGUCACCGCCGGGCAGAGCAGCUGCCUGCA